CUUACUCAAAAUCCAAUUGUCAAAUUCAGUAGUCUGCUAUUCUUGAGACAACUUGAAACGGCAACUCACGUGGAGAAACAAAUUUAAAGAAAUGGACUUUUCUAAUGCAGAUGAAGAUCUACGAUCCGACGAAGAACAUGAUGACUUAAAUAGCGGACUAGAAGCAAGUCUCUCAGACGAUGGUGAUUCAUACACAAAAGGGAGUAGUGAUUCUGAUUCGGAGGCGAAUGAAAAUGUUGAUGGAAAUCAAGAAGAUCAGAAUGUUGUAUAUGGAAAUUUUGGUUGGGCUGAUGCUAUGUCUAAAGUACUCAAAUCAUCUAAACCGAAAGCCAAAAAGUCUAUUAUUCUGUCAAAAGCAAAAAAAGAUGCAGACAUAUUGAAGAUCAUCUCAGCUCAAGAAAUUAGUAGUGUAUCGUUUGAGAUUGAUGAGGUGAAGAAAGAAAAAAUUGUUGAAGAUCCAGAUGUUGUUAGAAGAAAUGCACACUUGGAAAAAAUGUUAAGACGACAACGAAGAAAAGAAUGGGAUCUUGUUGGAAGAGUUCUACCUUCAAUAACUGAUGACCGAGAAAGGGAAAGAGUUCUUUCAAAAAUAGCCACCAGGGGUGUUGUGCAGUUGUUCAAUUCUGUGAAAAUUCAACAGAAAACAAUUCAAGACAAAUUAAGAGAAGCUGGUCCAUUAGAGCGGAAACGAGAAAAAGCCUUAAAAUCUCUAAAUAAAGCUGAUUUCCUCGAACUGUUAAAAGGUGGAAAACAUGGAAAAGGAGAGGUAAAGACGGAACACUCAACCAACAUCAAACAGGAAGAGGCAACGUGGAGUGUUCUACGUGAUGAUUUCAUGCCUGAAGUGACAAUGCGAGAUUGGGACAAACAAAACAGUAGCGAUUCAGAAGAAGAUGCAUAAAACAUUUCACGAGUUCUUUUUUGACUGGUUUAAUAAAUUGUCAAAUAUAACUCAUUUUUCCUAUAA